AUGAGCAGCGGGCAUCCAGUUUCGGGUGAUAUAUUGGCCUCUGCUGGCCAAUCACUACCUAAUCACAUCAAAGAGAGGAUCUUGGGACUCGUAGGAAGGCAAGGUGUCUUCGCUUAUCAAAUCGCUAGUGGGAGCAAGAAAGAAAAUGAUGAAUCCUACGUCCAAAAGAAUGCCUGGCACGAGCCGUUCACCUACCAAGACUGGGCUGACCUGACACUCGACGAAUGGGACCGGAGCGAUAUAUUUUAUUAUAGGGGCGUUAGUGAAGGUACUCAUUCGGAAAGCAAGAGCUAUCGCACACAUGGGUUCGGCGAAGAUGCUAGGUGGAAGCGUCGCCUUUUCUGUGAACGUGAAAGGGGAUAUCGACGUCGCGGAGAAUGGUCCUCAUACCAUAACGGCUCGACGAGAUGGAAAAAUUUCAAAACCAAAAUCAAUGACACUAACAGGCAAUACGUUAGAAGAAUUGCAGUCUCGCAUUGGAUGGCACUGGAAGAUCUUGAAUGGAUCUCCACGCAGUUGCCAGCGCUCGAGGCACUGGAUCUCAGCGACAUCGAUGAUUCUCUGCCUUCGUUCAUGGCUGCACCGCGAGAGGGAGAUAGAUCGGCUGAUCAAGCUCCAGACUGGCGUCUGAUUUCAAAAGCACUUCAGAGCACUCUGGAAGGCAUCAAAUGGCUGGGCAUUCGGCAGAACGAGGACAGGCAACGACCGAUGUAUAAUUUGUUCACUGAGAUUGUCUCCCAUUGCCAUAGCCUUGAAACGCUAUCCAUUCGAGGUCAAAAUGGUUAUCGGUAGGAAAGUUUGUCUCCUAAUCUCGAGACUAUGAAGUCUGGGCUGGUUCAUCACCAUCUUUGUCAAUUGAUUUGGGACAUCUCAAAGUUUGCUCCACCAACAGUCACAAGCAUUGAGCUACGCCGUCCAGUAGCG